UACACCCCGACCCUUCACAGACAGCAAUUCAUCAACAACUGGUUUGCACUUUCUUCUUCCUCCUCUUCUCUCUGCGCUGCACAUUUCAUCCCUUCUCAAUCCAUCCCCAUAAAUGGCUUCUCUCACUUCUCAUCACUUCAAGCCCCUCAUCUUCCGGCCAUUACUUGGAAUUAUUUGCCUCACAAUCAUUCUGAUAACAUGCAUUAUUCGCAGCCAAGCAGCAGCAGCAGCAAUGCCUCUGCUGCAGCCACUCAGUUGCAGUCUAGUUCAUCAACCUCUGCUGUUUCUGGCCGCCACCCGGUGUAUCGUGGAGUUAGGCGUAGGAGUAGUGGGAAAUGGGUGUCUGAGAUAAGAGAGCCUAGAAGGCCUAAUAGAAUUUGGUUAGGCACAUUUCCUACCCCAGAAAUGGCUGCUGUUGCUUAUGAUGUUGCAGCCUUGGCUCUAAAAGGCAAAGAUGCCGAGCUUAACUUCCCAAACUCGGCUUCUUCUCUUCCUGUUCCUGCAUCCGCAUCUUCACGUGAUAUUCAGGCUGCUGCGGCCUCUGCAGCUGCUGCUGCAGGAGCUGCGGGAGAUGCUUUAGGAAUCGGGAGUCAUCAUCAUCAUCAGGAGGGUAGUAAUAUUAAUCAAACAGUAGCGCAGGAGAGGCCAAUGUCCAAUGAAUUCAUGGAUGAAGAUUUGAUUUUUGAUAUGCCUAAUGUUCUAAUGAAUAUGGCUGAAGGGAUGCUUCUUAGCCCUCCUCGCCUGAAUAUUACCGGAGAUGAAUCUGCUGCUGCUGCUGAUGAAAACCCUGACAAUCUCUGGAAGUUCCCUUAAUCCCUAGACUUAUUUAAUAAUUAUUGUAUAAUAA